AUGUCUAGCUCCAAGACCGAUUCGGCCGCCGAAGUUGUGGUUUCUAAGACAAUAAAGGAACUUAUUCUUGCAGAAGCCCAGAGGGCUAAUGAAGAUGGUGGUGAUAGCAAAAUCGACCUGCUUAUAUCGGAUCUCAUUGCGCAUCUUCUCAGUAGGUACACAACCGACGGGAUGACUCUGAGCGGACUUGAGCACUACCUUGGAGAAGUGUGGUAUGCAUGCAUCCAGGGAGCUAUGUAUGUACCAACUGCCAGCCACCAGCAGCGGUCAAUCGUAUCCUGUGUCCUAGCUGCAAGAGCAUCUGGGCCCUUGCAGUAUAAGCCGCCACUUCUUGAGUCGAGCGACAAGACGGGAAAGGAGGGAGAGAUUGUUACCCUCUCUGAUGGGCGAACUUUCUUCCCCGAUUUACCACUGUUUUCGGCAUGUCUUGUCAACGAGUUUACUGGCGACUUUUAUCAGCUAAGCAUGAUCCAGCAAACCAAUCUAGCAACUUUUGUUGGGCGCCUCGUCGCAGUGGGCAUAUAUGAUGGACCUGCUCUCUGUGCACCUUCGCUCUUUAGAGCCGUUCUAGGAAUCAAGGCCACUACCGACACGCUCUUCUGA